AUGCCAUUAGCUUCAGUAGCAUCGACGGAGAAAACUACAAUGCUUAUCACGGCACUCCUUUUUAUUUUCGUUGGUAAUUCUCAAGCAUGGAAUAAAAAUCAUUGUGGCAAACGUCCAUUGAUACCUCGUAGUGAUGAUGAUAAAAUUGUUGGUGGUAUACAAUCGUUACGUGGUGACUGGCCAUGGUCGUGUUCUAUGCGUUUUGGAUCAGGUCACAUUUGCGGUGGUUCGCUCAUAAAUGGUAAAUGGAUUGCAACUGCAGCACAUUGUGUAGACACUCGAUAUGCUGCAAGUUCAUACAAAUGGCAUUGUGGUUUACAUGAACGAAACAAACAAGAUUCAUGGAGUAGAGAAUACGUAUCACUCCAGUAUAUAGUACAUCCAAACUAUAAUCCAUCAACGACUGUAAAUGAUAUUGCUCUAUUUAGAAUUAGUACUACGGAUAUAUCAUUUGAUAAUUACGUAAUGCCAGUUUGCUUUCCUGCUAAAACUGAUACUUAUGCAGGCAAAACAUCAUAUGCUAUAGGAUGGGGUACAUUAUCUGCCGGUGGAAGUCUUGCUCCCUAUCACAUGGAAGUGGCAAUGCCAGUUUUGACUGAUACUAGAUGUUCACAGAAACAUUCUGGAUACACCUUAGUUACAACAACUCAAAUCUGUGCUGGUGACGGCGGCAAUAAAGAUACAUGUCAAGGUGAUUCAGGUGGUCCAUUAGUUGUUAAGCAUACUAAUAAUCUUUGGUAUUUGGCUGGUUUGACAUCAUGGGGUGUUGGAUGUGGUGGCGGUGGUGUUUAUACUCGUCUUUCAGCGUUUCGUGAUUGGGUUCUCAGUCAUGUUUUAACUCUUCCAACUGGUUCUGGAUAA